CACUAGGUAAGUAGGUAUGAUAAUAUUAAUAAUGCAUAUUGUAUAGAUUUAACUGCUGAUUACUGAUCGUAUACCAUCAACCGGGUGGACCCGCGCGGUCGUGUCAGUAUGUUUUCGUCGUUUUCACUCGGUCAGAUAUACCACGGACAGGAGAAGACAACAAAAAUUAUCAAACACGUACAGGUUAUCGAUUAACUGAUAUACGUGCUCUUGAAAUACGGUUUUAAACGAAUUAUCCGUUUUUGCGAUAUAAAUGUAUAAUAUUUAUUGGUUCAUAACAUAGUUGGCAUGUAGACGAAAUUGUCUUCGGUGGAGAGUUUUUUUUUUUGUUCGUUAACCAUAAUAGGUAUAAUAUUAUUAUAUUAGAGAAAAUCCGUUACGACUAAUUAUGACCGCCGCAGCCAAAACCUGCACCAUGGACGCCAUCAAUAAGGGCGUACAUUUAUCGGGUGCCGUACUCUUCACUUAUUCACUAUAUUAUUAUUACACCUACGUCAACAUACCAGCCCAUCUUAACCCCUUAGAUGAGGCCAUCGGAGGGAAAUUCAAAUAUCUAACCUUCUGCAAUAUGGUUAUCCAAACGUUUUUUUACCUGUACGCGGUGUUCGUCGAUCACAUCGCCGUGCGCACUUGCUCUGCUGUUACGUCAGAGUCGUUGAAAAGGAGUAAACACAAUUUUUUCACAAUUUUCGCAUUUCCACUGUCGAUGUUUAUUACUGUAAGCUUUUGGCCAAUGUGGUUUGCUGACAAAUCUUUAGUUAUGCCUAUGCACUAUGAUAAAUACUUUCCGUCUUGGCUGAAUCAUGUAACACAUGCGCAUAUUUUUAUAUUUGCAAUAUUGGAAAUGAUCACGACUUACAGAGAAUAUCCAUCCAGAAUAACAGGAUUGUCUGUUUUUAUUACUUUUAAACUUUGUUAUUUGAUUUGGAUUAACUAUGUAUUUUACAAGAGUGGCAUGUGGGUUUACCCCAUUCUUGCAAAACUGAACUUGCCAUUGAGAGUGAUGUUCUUUACGGGAACAUUUUUAUAUGCUCCAAUUACCUAUCUAGUUGGUGAAUAUUUAAAUAAUGCCUACUGGGGAGUUCGUUCUUUAAAUAAAUCAAAAAAUUUGAAGAAAGAAUAAAUCGAAUAAAAUAUUAAUAUGACAUUAUACUCAAUAAUGUACCUAUGUUAAAUGUUGCACCAAAAUGUUCUGAUUUAUAUUCCUAUAAAUCGUAUGUAAGCGUUAUUUUUGAUUUGUAUAAAAUAUAUCAAAAUAUGAUCUUUUAGUAUAAGUACCUAUAAAUUAUAAUAUUAUAUUUAUAUGCUUCGUGUCUGCGUAGUGCGUGUAACAUUUUAUAAUGAUAUACUAUUAAUAUAACGUGUUAAGGAGGUAUUAACUUUUGUCAAUUA